CCCUCCGCCUGUCUUUUGUCUACGCUCACCAGCUCUGCAUAACUGUGUCUCAGAGGCUUGGCAGUAAACUGCUAAAUGAGUACUUCACGCUCUGUUAUCGCUCACCUGGAUAGAAGCAAAUACACAAGUCGCGAAAUGAAAAAAAAGAUUUUCGCGUAAACAUGAGCUGGUCGUGUUUACGCUUAACCACACUUUCCUGUAUUUUCCUUGACCGUGACCUUGAAUCCUGUCUUAAACUACGAGCUUUGACUUUUACUCCCAGUUGUCACACAUCACAUCUCAUCAUAUCUCAGGAACCCGUUCGCCCUUAGCAGGGGCGGAUCCACCUUUCGAUACCUCUGUCUGUUCAAUCAGCAGGUCUCUCUUGAGGAAAGUGAGCUGCAGAGCUGCUGUAGCUCCUCUGAGGGCCUUCGAGACUCGAGCCUUCCGUAACCAGACUUAAAUUUACUUCCGUCACCCAUGGACGCGUGCAACAGGGUGUCCGUGCUGCAGUACAGGGGGUCCAAACCUCUGGGGAAGGUGAGGCGACGGAUUCAAGACGUCCGCAUCCCCUCCUCCUCCUCUUGCUACGACUUAAUAGCCGGCAGACCCGAGCUGGACCUGAGCCACAACGAGUGCGCUCGGCUUGCGGUAGACUGCCUCCUCAGCCGGGGCUUGGAGGGAUACCACCGGGUGUUGGAGGAAGAGGGGGAGGUGGACUUUCUGUCAAAGCUGGACAAGAGUUACAUCCUGGAAUAUGGGAUGGAUGGAAACACAGGUUGUAAAUGCUUGUUAUAUGUUUAUAGAUUUCUUCCAUUUGUUCUUUGCAGGCUGUUAUGCUUCAAACCAAGACAAUCAUCAGACUUAUUUAGUUAUGGUCCUGGUGCAUCAGAUGAUGAUGAUGAUGAUGUGUUGAGCUUAUCUGCUAGCUCCCGGACUCCCACACGGUACCCUGAGAUGUCAACAGACAGUGAUCCUACUGUGACAGGGCUGGACCAAGAUGUGAAAUCAAGGAACGCUGUCCUGGGGGAGUCCAGCGUUGGGGUUUUUCUCUCGUCUGACAGCGGGGCAGCUGGCAUCAAAGACCUGGUCAGGCAGUUCAUCAGAAAGGCUAAACUGGCCCUGGCCAUAGUGGUGGACAGCUUCACUGACGUCGAGCUGCUGUGCGAUCUCCUGGAGGCGAGCAGGAAGAGGAAUGUGUCCGUUCAUCUGCUGCUGGAUCGUCGUAACCUGAGCCUGUUCGUCAGCAUUUGGCACGACGUCAAACUGGAGAGCAGAAACUUCCCCAAGCUGUCAGUAAGGGGCGUCUGUGGACAGAACUACUGCGCCAAGACUGGCAGGAAGCUGACGGGUCAGAUUGCAGAGAGUUUUAUCAUCGCUGACUGGACGGAGGUGCUGACUGGUUCAUACAGUUUCUCCUGGCUGUCCUGGCAGGUCCAUCGCAGUCUUGCUGUUCUCAUAAAGGGCAGCUCAGUGGCGCCUUUCCUUCAGGAGUUCCACCGACUCUACUCCAGCUCCAACCCAGUCGCUGGGUUUGUCUCCUUCAUCACUCUGCCUCUCACUCUUCACCCCACAUCACAUGAAGCUCAUAAUAGCGACGCCCGCAUCAGUAAGCGGAAAUCAAACCCGACCAAGGCGAUGUGCCUCUGGGCCUGGGUUGAAAGCGGAGAAAACACCCAGACAAAAGCAGCAAUGCCACUUUUAUGCAAUCGUCAGGGCCCAGAGGUGGAGCGCGGCGUAGGUGACAAAUGCUCUGCGCACAGUGCAGGCCCCGGUUCAGCAACACAACUGGGUCCAAAGCCUUUGCUUCAACCGGGAACCGGGUGUAGAAUGCAGAGUAUUCCUGAGGAAAAGCCAAUACACCCAGUGGGAGCAGCCAGCAGCCAGACUGAUGUAAAAACCAAUGUAGAACUCCCGAAAAUGAAUCGAAACCAGAGCCACGGUCACUCAGACCCUCGCGAUCAGAACCACUUGUCACAUGUUCAGUCUCAGCUGGGCGGCCUCACCAUCACCGCCACAGAUGAAAAGAAAGCCAGCGUUCAAGAGUCACAGCCUCCACACGCUGCCUCCACGACGCAUGGACAGCACCGGACUCAGCGCUAUCAAUCAGCUCCAGACGUGGGUCCUGAGAGACUUUUCUUUCAGCCAAGCAACAGAAACAUGUCAACAAAGCCAUCGAGGAACACUUCAGGCUUUAACACGCAAAGAGGACAAUGGGGCCACUCGCUAAACUUUAAACCAAAUGUUGAACUCCCAUCUGGUAAUUUCCUGCCUCCAAGGCAGGCAAAGACUAAUCUUCAGUUCGCUGUCACCCAUCUGAGAGGACACUCGCCUGGGCUGCAAAACAAAAUCUCCUCUCUUGAAAACAGGAGGCUAGAUCAGCCCUCCCUACAGGCGCACCCUAACAUAAAUCCCACAGGUUCACAGUCAGCCCGUGCAGGAGUGGGAUCUCAUCUCCGGCCACAGUUCCACAGAGAUCGCCCACUGUAUCUGUCAGGCACAGGAGCCAAUAUGCAUCUACAGCACCACCACUCCCAGCAGAUGGGUCCCCCUCCAGGGCUAAACUGGACCCCUCAAAAUCUUCAAGCUGCAGGAUCCAGAUUUGUGGCUCGGCAGCGGUCCUUCAGCAGCGCCCAGGGGACGGGACAGCCAGGGUGGAGGCCGUUCCAGAGCGGUAUGACUACGCCGCUUGGAAGGAGCAACAGCAUGACUGACAGACACGCAGCAGGCUUCUGUCCGAACAGAACCUAGUACAGACUGUACAGACUGGACAGAAAUUUCACUCUUUAUUGGACACAUGACUCGUCCUCGCACAGACACUCAGGAGCUAGAGUUCAUAGAAAAUAUAUGGUUCAACAUACAGUUAAUGAACUGAUGAUAUCUGACAGUCAAGAUCCUACAAAACAAGUAAUUUUGGGGGCAAAGCACAUGUACAAAUUCUUAUUAAAGAACAAAAAGUUGUUUUGGCUUAUGUUUUUACACAGAGGAGGUAUAUGAACGGAGGUGAUUUUGUAGUACCUGCCGCUCAACCACGCUGAUGCUUUGCAUUAUGAGACAAACUCAUCCUCAGCUUGUGUUGAAUAGGACAAAUUAGAUGCAACAAAACAACAACACAACACCUGUGUAUGUGUCGGAUGGGUGUGUUGGGGAUUUUGCUGUGGAUCCGCCUCCCAUCAGCUCUUCAAUGAUUAAUAUGUUGAUAUUCUAAAUAAUGAUUAUGGUGAUAAUUUAUCCACUGACUGGCAUAUAUGAAUAAUUAGCAUUUCCAUAUAUCUCCACACAUUUCCAUAUAUCUAUCUAUAUUCUAUCUAUUUCUAUAUUUAUCUAUUUUAUACUGAGUUCACACCUUAUCCUGGUUGUGCAUACACUAUUUAAGGAAGUGGAAGUCUAAAAAUCACAUAUAUGUCAGUUAAAAUCAAGAGUGAUCUGUCAAAAUGGCUAAAAGAACAUUUAUUCAGGCAAAGAAUACACUUUUAUCACUGAACAGAGACACAAACAUUUACACAACUCCAGCCACACUUGUUUGUUUAUGUCCUUCAGUGUAAACUGCGUGACUAGUUCAGCGUCCAACAACUAUUUUUCCAGAUGGAAAUAUUCACCUUAUAUCACCUUCAUUAAUAAAACGACAAAAAACUCUUCAAACAAAUCUUAGCUUUUAUUUAGACUCGAUAAGAGAACAGACAGGAAAAAGUAGCAUUUCCAUAUUAGUCCUAAUUUUCUAUGUGAGAAAUAACAUCCUCUGUAAAUCCAGUUCAAGCUAAAGUACACGCUGAAGGAUGCAAAUAUGCUGCUUUUUAUAAAUCAGGGCAAAAAAAAAAAAGAAAGAAAGAAAGAAAAGAAAAGAAAAAAGAAAAGAAAAGUUUUCUAUUAAGUGACACAGCACUCUGAAUUCAGUUACCAUUGAAACAAAAUACAACUAUUUAUGUGCUAUCAAUAACAUUGUUUGGUUUGUUUGAUUCUGAAUUAAAAUAAACCUACAGUCGACAGCAAAGUAUCCACAUUCAUCGAAUAAUAAAGUGUCAUUCAUACGAAUAUGCAGCAAAAACACACAGCGAAGGGUAAAUAAUUCAUGUCAUAUAACCAUCAGAAUACAUUAUUAUCAGUAACAGAAGUCAAAGCAAAAAAAGAAAAUAACAAUACAAACAGUUAAACACAAUUAACCUGAAAAAACUCUUCUCUAAAGAUACGAGUAGAAACAUUUGAUUAAUUUCAGGAGCAUUGACUACAUCUGAAAAGCUGCUACUCUGGGCCAGGACCCCUCACACAUGAUAAAUCAGAGGGACAUCCACUACUCAGUAAGUAAAGUCAAACAAGACUUUUACUCUGCACAGAUGAAAUUAAACUUCUUAACGUCAAACUUCUUCCACCAGUAGUGAUUUCCUGUUGUGUCCAUGACAGCACUCAUGUCACAGUCUUCUAUUUCUUUCUCUCCUGGACCCCAGCGCUCGAAUGUUGCAAUGUGAUCAUCGCCCCACAAAAAUAAUUUCUGUGUGCAAUUGUAGUGAAGACCCAGCCAUACAUAGGGACUGUCAGCCUUCCUGGCCUCCAACUCAACCCAGCCCUGAGUGUCUUCAUUGAGGAUGGACACCAGAUCCAUGUUUAAGUCUCUGCAGUGGUACAGGGCUUCUUCCCAGGUUCUGUUCUUUUGGACCAGCAU